CGUUCCACAAUGAGCUCGUCCCCAAAUUCCGACGAGGACAGAAAAAUCGAUUUUAAUCCCCUACUGCUGGCGAGCGGCAAAAGGAAAAGUGCCUUCCUACCCUACAAACCAUCGAACACGGUGCUAACAAAUCUGCAGCGCGGAAACACCGAAGCAAACAUUCCCAGCGAAAUUUGUCUUAAUUUUCACGAAAAAACGGGCCAAGGAGAAAUAACCGAGGAACAGGUGCGUGCUGAACAGGCAGUCGAUGCGGUAGAUUCGGACCAAUUUACACCACUUCAUUGGGCGUGUUAUUAUGGUCAGCUAGCGGCAGCUAGUAUACUUAUAAAGUGUGGUGCAGAUGUUAACAGGCAGGCAACAGAUAUGAUCACUCCGAUACUAUUGGCCGGUGCCGGCGGACAUAACGAGAUCGUACGAUUGCUGGUGGACAAGGGAGCGGUCGUUAAUCAUAUGGACAUUGUGGGCAAUACUGCGCUCAUGUAUGCGGCGGCCGGUAAUCAUCCGCACACCUGCAACGAACUGCUAAACGCUGGGGCAAGCUUUACCGAUACGAACGAGGACGGAGAAUCCGCUUACUCGCUGGCGGUGAAAAACAAUGCCAAUUUAGCGCAGGCUGUGUUAGAAAAUCACAUUACGGCUCUUUUAAUGACGUGA